AUGAACCGAUACACAACCAUGAGACAGCUGGGGGACGGCACUUAUGGGAGUGUGCUGAUGGGCAAGAGUAUCGAAUCAGGGGAGCUGGUGGCCAUCAAAAGAAUGAAGAGAAAGUUCUAUUCUUGGGAUGAAUGUAUGAACUUGAGAGAAGUUAAGUCUCUGAAGAAACUUAAUCAUGCCAAUGUGAUUAAACUGAAAGAAGUUAUCAGAGAAAAUGACCAUCUUUAUUUUAUAUUUGAAUAUAUGAAAGAAAACCUCUAUCAAUUAAUGAAAGACAGAAACAAGUUGUUCCCUGAGUCGGUCAUCAGAAAUAUUAUGUAUCAAAUAUUGCAAGGGCUGGCAUUUAUCCAUAAACAUGGCUUUUUUCAUAGGGAUAUGAAACCAGAAAACUUGCUUUGUAUGGGCCCAGAACUUGUGAAAAUUGCCGACUUUGGACUGGCAAGAGAAUUAAGGUCACAGCCACCGUAUACUGAUUAUGUAUCCACCAGAUGGUAUCGUGCUCCUGAAGUUUUAUUAAGAUCUUCAGUUUAUAGCUCUCCCAUUGACAUGUGGGCUGUUGGGAGUAUAAUGGCCGAACUAUACACGUUAAGACCACUUUUCCCAGGGACAAGUGAGGUCGAUGAAAUCUUUAAGAUUUGCCAAGUUUUAGGGACUCCCAAAAAAAGUGACUGGCCGGAAGGGUACCAGCUUGCAUCCUCUAUGAAUUUCCGCUUUCCCCAGUGUGUUCCUAUAAACUUAAAAACUCUUAUUCCCAAUGCCAGUAGUGAAGCUAUUCAGCUUAUGACUGAAAUGUUGAGUUGGAAUCCAAAGAAACGACCAACAGCAAGCCAGGCACUGAAACACCCAUAUUUUCAAGUCGGUCAAGUAUUAGGCCCUUCCUCACAUCAUGUGGAACCGAAACAGACUUUAAAUAAGCAUGUGCAACCACUAGAGUCAAAGCCACCUGUAGUUGAUCUAGAACCUAAGCCUCUGCCAGACAUAAGUGACCAGAUUGCCGGACAGCCCCAGCCGAAAAACAGCCACCAGCCACUGCAGUCCAUCCAGCCGCCACAGAACACGGGUGUCCAGCAACCGCCCAAGCAGCAGAAUCAACAGAAACAGCCGCCAACGCUAUUUCCAAGUAUCGUCAAAAACAUGCCAACCAAGCCAAAUGGCACUCUGGGCCAUAAAGGUGCCAGGAGGCGUUGGGGUCAGGCUGUGUUCAAGGCUGAAGACGGUUGGGAAGAGUUUGAGGAAUGUGACUUCGGGGUCUCCCAUUCCAAGAAGCCAAGCAUGCGCGUUUUCAAAGAAACGAGGAAAACAGAUUCUCCAUCUUGGCUUCCAGAGUCAGUACCUGCAGGCCCCAACCACGCAACAGAGGAAAACAAGAACUUACCCCCUGCUAUUUCCCUAAAAUCUGAUUCUGAAUUGUCAACUGCUUCAACAGCUAAACAGUACUAUUUGAAACAAUCAAGAUACCUUCCAGGUGUAAACCCCAAGAACGUGUCCUUGACAGCCAGUGGGAAGGAUACGAACCCAUACACCUGGAAUAGCCAGCUAUUUCCUAAGUCGCUGGGACCCACGGGGGCAGAACUUGCUUUCAAAGGGAGUAAUGCAGAAGAAAGCAUAAUUAAACCAAUUGAAAAACUAUCAUGCAAUGAAAGUUUUCCUGAAAAAUUACAGGACUCACAAGGAAAUCUUGGAAGUUAUGCUACUUACAAUCAGUCAGGAUAUAUUCCUUCCUUUCUCAAAAAAGAAGUGGGGUCAGCUGGCCAGAGGAUACACUUAGCACCACUCGGUGCGACAGCUUCAGAAUAUCCCUGGAACACAAAAACUGGUCAGGGGCAGUUUUCAGGACCUACUUAUAAUCCUACAGCCAAGAAUCUAAAUAUUGUGAACCGCGCACAGCCAGUCUCCUCCGUGCACGGGAGGACAGACUGGGUGGCCAAGUACGGAGGCCACCGAUAG